AUGGCAAGUGCUUCAGUUUUGAAUAAAGGUGAAAGUCUAAACAAGUUACCAGUCUUGGAAGAUGAACUGCAAAGUCCUCAACGAUCUAUUACAGAUUUUUUCAAAUCUCCUCCUUCAAAGCAAAAGAGUAAAAAUUUAUCGCAUGUAUUCUUUAGUACACCAAAAGAAAAGUGUACCAACGUCCAACCAAAUUUAUUAAGUAAGAAAAAGAAUAUAUCACUUUGUGAGGAGAUUGGUUCUCCUAUUGUUGAAAAUAUAAAGAAAAAGACUUUAAAGGAAGAUGAAAAUAAGGUAAUAGUUGUGGAAAAUGAGGAGUCAACAAACAGGAAGGACAUUGCUAAUAAAUCAGGUAUAUCCAGACGCGUUAAAACUAAGAAAAAGAAGAAAAACAAGAAAGUGAACGAUUCAUUGGAUGAUCAAUUUAUUCAACAUUUUGAUUCUAUUCAUGUGAAAAGUGACACUAGUACUGAUGAUGUUAAUAUAUUAAUCAAUUCAGCAAGUUCAGUGACAAAAUCAGAAAACAUUCAAAAUUCAUCCAAAAUUUCUGACUUAAAAAGUGAAGAAUGUGAAGGUAUUGUUGGUAAAACUAGUUUAAAAUCUGUGAAACACAAAGCUAAAGAGGUUUUGAAGAACAGUGAACAAAAUUCUCAAAAUAAUUCUUGUGGUGAAACUAAAAAUGAUUUAAAAUCCAAAGUGAACACAAGGGAUGAAAACUCUACAGAGAACAGUUCUGUUGAUAAACCAGCUCUCAAAUCAAAACGUAAAAGAAGUACUGAUGGAGAAGUUGUUGAGAAUAAGAAUAAAAAAUCAAAACUUACUACCAAAAAAGAACAAACCAAAACUUCUGCAUCAUCUAAAGAGCCACAAUCUGUUGAAGAAAUAGAAACUAAGUCUGUUUCUUAUGAAGAUUAUUUAAAAGAUUUACCAGUGGAUAGUACCACGACAGAUAUUUUUGAUGUUGAAGCCCAACCUACUGAUUUUGAUGAUACAGGGCUCCUUGUCCCUGAUGAUUAUCCAUCUGUCGAAAAAUAUUUUGGAAAAAAUGCUUAUUCGCCAGAAAAUGUGAAGGCAGCUAAUAACUCACUUACGAUAACAGUUGAUGUCCACCAAGAACCAACAGCUAAAGAAGGUGUAUUUGAUUUAUUUAAGAAGGGUUCAAAUAAGAAGAAAACAAGAGAGAAAUCAGACAAUCCUAUUAUUCUCUCACCAAAUUCUUCUUAUAUCAGUGUAGAUGAUGAUGAAAUAGUUUUUAUCAGUUCAGAAAUACAGGAAGUAGAAGUUGACCAAUCAAAACCAAGAUCAAAAAUAACCAAAGCAGACGUACAAGUAACAGAAUCUCCAAAACCCAAACCACUGCAGAUAUCUAAAGAAUCAGAAGAUUUCCUUAAAUCCAAUGAGAAAACGGUUGCACCUACCAAGACUGCUCAAGCAACUUUAUGUUUUACUGAGAAAGGAUUGAAAACCGAUGUAAAGAAUAUAGUUAAGGAACCACUUCCUCUAAUGCCAGAUAUUGAUGCUAUUCCUGCUGCAGAACCAGCAGAGAAAUCACAAAAACCAUGUAAAAAGAAGUUGAAGAAAAUUGACGCUGACAUCAAAGAAUCAGAGAACUUGACUGAUAAGAAUCAACAACAAAAGAAAACCAAGAAAUUUGACUCUGCAAAAGAACAAGAAGAAAAAAAGCAAAAACGAAAGAAAAUGAAAAAAUCAAAAGCUAAUGCUGUCAUUGAAGAAAAACCUGAUAUUAAUGAUAAACUGUUCCUAAAUGAAAUGAAUAAUAAUGAAACAUCAAAGAAGAAGAAAAGGAAAUAUAAAGUUACAUCAUUACAAUUUGAUGACAGUAAGAGAACACCAAUUAAAAUGAAGAUAAAAUGUAGAAAGAGUCUAGGUGGUGGUAAUUCUAGCCUAGAAGAAAAUGAAUUCACACCAAAAUCAAGCAAACAAUGUUCUAAGAAAGAUAGUGCUAAAAAGCUUCUUGUCAAAGCUCAAGAAAUAUUGGUUAAAGCUAAAAAACAGAAAACCAAGAAGACAACAGAAAAGAAGACAGCUAAAACACCCAAAACUAGUCACCUAGUUAAUCGUAGAUCUAGUCCAAGAUUAGCUUCAAAACCAUCCAUAUCCUUAGAAGAGGUCAUAGACAUUGAUGAUGAUGAUGAUGACACUGAUGAUGUUGAAAUUGUAGAAGAAAAAGUAAAGAAAACAAAGGCUAAAUCACGUAAAGUUAAUGCUACUACUGAUACACCUACAAAAUCUACCAAACCUCAAGUUAGUACUCCAGUUAAAUCUACCAAAGCAAAAUUCGGUACUCCUGUCAAAUCAACCAAAGUUAAAAUUGGUACUCCUGUAAAGACUGCUACGCCGAAAAAAGGUACUGGUAAAGUGGCAUCCAUCUUCAAUGUGAAGAAGAAGCAAGAUAAGAAUGAACCUGAAAUUGUUAAACCACCAGAAGAUCCUGAGAAAGUAAAGCAACGUCAAGCUUUUCUUAGUAGUGGUAUACCUGAUGUAGUUAAGAAGCAACAUGAAUCUUCAGCUAGCCAAGUUAUAGCUUUACCAGAAUAUCCUCCUUUCCCUAAAGAUAGUCAUAUACAACAGUUAUCAUCUAGUUAUAGACAGACAAUAACUAAUUUAUCUAUAAAACUAUUAAAACCACCUCAAUAUACAGGCUGUAAUAUAACCUGGUCACAACUACAGUUAACUAAUUUAUAUAAACAGAUUACUAGUGCUACUAAUUCUUAUUUUACGAAUUUUAAACAUCAUGAAACUAUAAGUGAAGAUAUUUGUAUGAAACUUUUGGAGGAAAUAAAGGAAACUAACCCUGUAUACCCAGCACAACUUAUGUAUGAAUCAUUGAAAACUAAGAGAUUAGAUGAAUUAAACACUUUAAAACUGGAAGAAACUGCAGUAAAUACUAAACUAGAAGAACCAGUAGUAAUUACCUUAGAUGAUGAUAAUGACGUUAUCAAAGUGAAAAAGAAAAGUAAACUCAAACGAAAGAAAGAGAAGAGAAAAUCAGUUGAAGAAAUCAAAGAACCAGAACCAGAGAAACCUCCACUUCAUGCUUCAUCAGAGUUGCUGUGGACAGAUAAAUAUCAACCCAGUCAUUCCUCUGAUAUUAUUGGUAAUACCAGUGAUAUCAACAAAUUAAAAACAUGGUUAUUAGAGUGGAAACAUAAAACACAUAAAGAUGCUAGAAAGAUGAAGAAACUAUUAUCAAAACAAUCAAAAUCAUCAAAGUCUUCCAGUCAAGAUAGUCAAUGGUAUAAAGAUGAUAGUGAUUUUGAUAGUGAUGAAAGUGAAGAAGAUGAUAGACUCUGUAAUACAAUGUUGAUAACAGGACAGCAUGGUAUUGGUAAAACAGCUACUGUUUAUGCUCUAGCUCAAGAACUAGGAUACAAGGUAUUUGAAGUGAAUACAUCAUCAUCUAGAAAUGGUAAAAAGAUUUUAGCAAGAUUACAAGAAGCAACUCAGUCACAUCAAGUAGCUCAAAAUAAAGAUGGUAUUGCACCUCCUGUAUUUGGUUCUACUGAUAGCCCCUUGACACCAAGGAAAGAUAUAAAGAAUAAACUUCCUAAAGCUUUUAAUAAUUUAUUUAAUAAAGCUAAGAAAGUAGAGACUAAAGAGACAGAAACUGAUAGUAAGAAUGAUAAAAAAGAGAAAUCUAAUACGUGUAAUAAAAAGAGAAAACGUGAAGAUGAGUUAGAAACAGAAAGUCAAGUUGAAAAGAAAGCUAAGAAGAAGAUUGAUGUUGAUGAUCAUUUAGAAAGAAUGAGUCAGUUAUACCAUAAAGAUGAUUCUAAUCAAGCUGGUGGUUUAAAUUUAACAUCUACAUCUGUUAUCUUAUUCGAUGAGGUAGAUCUAGUGUUUGAUAAAGACCAAGGUUUUAUGUCAGCUAUACAGUAUUUUAUGAGUACAACUAAGAUUCCUAUUAUUUUAACUACAACUAAUAAAAAUGUAGCUAAUUUAAUCCAAGCUAGAUUAGAAAUUAUACAGUUUUAUCCUCCAACACAGAGAUUAAUAGCAAGUCAUCUGCAGACUAUAUGUUUAGUAGAGGGAGUGCGGUGUCAAUAUAAAGAUUUAUUAUAUUUAGUACGGUAUUAUAAUAAUGAUGUUAGAAGAUGUAUAUUAGCUGUACAGCUCUGGUUAGAGAGUGGUGCUAGUCCUAUACAACAUCAAUAUCAACAUAAAAUAAAAUCAGCUGGAAACACUAUUACAUCUCAUCAUAUAGAUUCAGAUGAAGAAGACUUUGUACAAUCUAAACCUAGAUCUAAUCGUAGAAUUCUAGAUGAUGAUGAAUCCAAUAGUUCAACAGUGGAUAAAGAUACACCAUUGAUACAUAGUUUAUGUUUUGAAUCUGUAUUAGGCUUAACUAAUAAAUUACAUACGUGUAUUGAUACACAUGUAUCAUCUUUUCUUCAGGAAAAUUUUAGUGUGGAAAAAUUGAAUUCUACAUUAUAUUGCUGUGAAUUAUUACGGACAUUACGGUUUAAUCUCUUACAUCAUAAUAUAUUACAUCUAGUUCCCUUACCUCAAACAUGUCUGACUAAAUAUAAACCUACACCUGUUAACUCUACAGUUAUAAAACAUAGACGUAUCUUAGAUAGCGAAGAUUAUGAUAGUGAAACAUCAAACAACGAACCUCCAGAAACUGUCAAAAAACAGAGUCGGCCUAAAUCUAAUGAAAGUAAAAAAGAAAAACGAUAUAUUUCAAAAUGUUUAUCAAGUUUUUCGACGUACUAUGAUAAUAUGUGUUUAUUAGAUAAUCUACAGACUAGUUUUAAUCUGAAAGAUUUAGAUAAUCCCGUUCACACCACCCGGAUUAAAGACGUUCAUGAGCCUUCGUUAAUCGAUGUACAAACGACGUAUCAGAAUUCCUAUAGCUGGUUACAUAAUAGUCAUACAGACAUUAUGAACCAUAUUGAAGCUAGAAGUUGUCAGAUGCUAUGUGAAGAAAUACAAGAUAUAUAUCUAGAUAUAGAGAAGAAGAAUACCAAACAUGAUGAAAGCUUUCUAGAUAAACUAUCAUUACCAGUUGAAAAUGGUGCUACUAAAUUUCAAGUUUCACACAAACACAGGAAACAUGAAAAGGGUAUUAGUGAAGCUCAUGAUAAUAUAAUAUCAACACUACCUCCUUCCUCUGCUAGACGUAAUGUUUCUCUAGACUAUAUACCUUAUCUUCGUACCAUACAUCAAACUGAAUGUCUUAAAAAAAUAGAAAAGGCUAAAAGAAGAUUUCAUCAUCAUUUUGAUAAUAUUGGAUUUGGUUUGAAGAGAUCAACGUUGUCAUACCUUGAUAAAAGUUUAGAUUGAAACAGUAUCAAUUUAGUGUUUCUGCAUCCUCACUUUUUACAAUCAGAUACAAUUUUUCUUACUGGCUAACAUUAGGAUAUCAAGAUUUUUAAGUUGUUGGUGACGGCAUUAUUUCUAUAUAUUAUUAACUUGGAAUCAAAUUUAUUUUAUUAAUAAGCUGAUCAUGGCGUGGGUGAAAAUUCCAUUCAUAUUUUAAUUGAAGAUAUGUGAAUUAGAUGUUGUAUUUAUGUAUUUAUUUGAAAACAUUUUAAUGAUUUUAUUUUGUAAACUACUUGCAACAUUAUAAUUUGUACAAAAAUACAUUUUACAUCUAU